AAAGAACACCCUCGUCCGCCACGCCAGCUCAGCCAAUCUCGCUGUCCAAUCGUCGCCCCCGUUGCGCUGCAACCCUCAUUCAACAGCCCCCCUGACGAGACCCAGAGAGGAGGUACUUUAUCCCACGCACCCGACAACCACCCCUACUACUACUGCAACUGGAACUGGAGCAGCUGGAGCUGGUUUCUGCAGCCGGUUUCUGGACCUGGACCCCCCCCCCCCUCCACGACACCGACGCCCGAACUCUCUCACUCUCUAAUCGGUGUGCUGCGGCUAUCUGAGGAGCCCGGUCACUCGCAACAACAAACCCGCACACCCGGGCUGUCAAUAAUGACCCUCUCUCCACUCUCUCCAUGACAGCCAUCUUUUUGCUACAAAUCUGCUUCAUCUCAAAUUGCUCACGCACUCUCUUAAAUGACCACCAGAGACAUUUGAAUACCUACAGGGCUGUCGUCGCCAGAAGAACGAAUCACGCUCACUCCUCCUCCGCCUGGAGACAAAGGCAUCCUCGGAGAGCCAACAACGCAUCUCCCUCACAUUCUCUGCCCAAGCGCCGCCGAGCAUACACCGCUACGAGCUGCCAGUCGUUACACGAGGCGUCCACCGCAUAUCUCGCUCGUGCUGAGAUGCAGAGCACCCACGAGAUUCGCCGUCGCGCCUCCGUGGUCGAGCGUCCGCCGGCGGACACCCCGGCCACCACAACAACGACGGCGUUCACGCCCAAACCUGCCAUGACCCCAAGACCUUGCCAUUUCAAGCCCUCCGAAUCAAAUGUCGAGACCCUCAUCGGAGAGAUGGAGAUCCCUGAGGCCAUGACGCCUCCUCCUCCGCCGACACCGUCGACCCAGGAGCGUUUCUCGCGCGCGUCACGGUCGGCGUCCAAUGCGUCGCGAAACACGAACCGCCUGUCCCUUACUCUUCCCAUUGCACCGCCAACCAGCGAUCCCUCCCGGCCUGCUUCCGUCGCGACGACGUCCUACCCUCCUACACCCGUCGACACCUCGGCAAUCACGUCCCCUGCGGAUCCCAACGACUUCAUUAUUGCGAUAGCAGCGCAAGAGCGACGAGUACUGGAGAUCCGCGAGGAACUGACUCGUGCCGAGGCCGAGCUCACGAGGCUCAAGCAGCAAUGGACGAUCCAGGGGGGGCAGAGAAAGAGAGAGAUACGCAACGAGCCAAUGCGUCCUCUCGCCCCUCAGUUUGAACCGUCGCUUCUAGAUGAUGACGAGGCAGCAUCGAAACGGAGCGUCGAGCUGGACAGGAGGAAGUCACUUCUGAGAGACUUGCAGGGCCAGACCGGGCCUAGGGAAUAUCGACGAAGGGUCCUCCGUGGCGGGCACACGCGGACCUUAUCGUUGCUGUCGCCGACCAAACCAGAUGGCUUCACUGUGCACGAGGACGUUGCAAGCCUCAAGUCGCCGGUGCUCCGGUCUCCGCCCAUGCUUUCGAACGCGGCGUUUUCGAAGAGAGCAUCCUGGCAGCCAAGAUCGUACAACGCGGCCGCCCCACCCGCCGUGAAGCAGAUGGCCCAGGACUUCAGGCUAGGUCUUUGGAGCUUCAUGGAAGACAUACGACAAGCGACUGUCGGGGACGAGCCGAUCCACGGCGUUCCCGGACGCCCGGGCUCAACCGAUCCUCACGGCAGGAGAGAGAGGUCUUCUGCUGGAGACCAGGACACGAUCAAGGCCAAUGGCUCGUCACGCCCCAGAGUUCCUCUGAACUCGGCCUUCGACCUACCGCCGAUGGACACGCCGAGCAAGCCCUCAAAGCCACUCCAGGAACGACCGAAUCCGAAGCCUGCAGCCAAGUCAACGACGACGACGAAGGCUAAGCACUUUUCGUGGACACCGUUGACUUUUGACUCGUUUGAUGACAACGACUGGUCAAACUGGGAAUCGCCUCAGGUGUCAUCGGCCAAGUCGGCGCGCUGGAGCGGUUCGACGAUGGGUGGACCAGAGGAGAUUCCGUCCAUGUCCGAGAAUAGCGAAAAUUUGACUCCUCUGAAGAAGAAGUCGUCCAUCACCAUAGACACUUCGGUCCGAUCCGAAUCGCGUCCCGAAUCAGCACUGUUGUCGCCUAGCCGGCUAGAGGAACUUCUUCCCACCGUCGUCAACAAGCUGUCUCCCGGCAACCUACAGCGAACUGCUAACAACCUCAUGGACGAGUGGGAGAAGAGCCUCAAAGAGAGGGACGACGAGGAGCAGCUCAUUGACUUCAAGGAGACUACGGCGUGAGUGCCGUCUACGCAAAGAAUGAGCGUUGGAACGAGCAUCACGCAAGCAUCGGCACGCUUGCAUCGCACAUGAAAAGCCAGCCCCGCACAUGAACGGAUUCAUCGUUUGGAUUGCAAUUGCAAUCAAAGUUUAGAUAAAAGUACAAAAACUGGCACGAAAUGCACAUAACGGCCAGACGAGCGGACAAUGUUUCUCCGCCGAGCACAGAAGAUUUUCCCCCUCCUGGGGAAGGUUAUGUAUGGCCAGGGGCAGAGAGGCCGAAGGCCAAAGCGGAAGGACAGCAGCGGGAAGGCUGCUCAUAUCAGCAAGUCGACGGUGACUUGCGUGGAUAAGCAAAGCUCUCGAGAGAAGGAGCUUAUAUCGGCGUAUGUCUGGUUGGCGGUCUGGCAGUCAUUCAUGAUGAUGAUCUGUUGGAUAAUGGCAUGGCAUAAUGACGAUAGUAAUGAAUGUACGAACGCAAGCUACUCGUGCUUUGUUUGGAAUGGAAAUGGAUCGGAUCGAAACACAGGCGUCAGGUCAGGUAUAAUUGGCUUGUCGCGCAGCGUAUCUCUUGUCCUAUACUGGAGACGUGGACCAUGACGUGGAGAGCGCAACUUCAAGAAUGACUUGGUUGGACGUAGUUAGACUUAGUGUUAAAUGUGUAUGGCUCGACCGUUGGAUUCAAUUGAGUGUCCUGCGCCAGACAGUGAGGCCUGAUUGGUGUUGUCGCAUCUUGGAAU